AAUCUGUUGAAAUAACUAUUUGACUUGACAUUGACAGCUAAUCACAUUUGCACUUGGAAAUUUACGAGAAAAAUGAAAACUAUUCUUGGUUAACCUUGUGACCUUACGUAAGAUUAUAUGAAUUAUAUAAAAUGGGCAAUAAAGUGUCUGCAGAAGCAAUAAACACCAAAAUUCCUGUCAAUAAUGUAAAUCCACCACCAGAAUGUCCUAUGCACAAAAAAGACCCAAAUACGAAAAACGAAACACCCUCGGAAUGUCCUGUUCAACACGACAAUACUAUAAAUCCUUAUAAUAUGAUGCCACCUGCUAACCAGCAGCCAGCCCCAGAUCAACCAUUCUCAUUACCAACAAAUCGUCAAGUAUCUACAAUCCCUCGUGCUAUGCCAGAUGGAUCUACAGAAUUCUGGGUGUAUCCUAGUCAGCAAAUGUUCUGGAAUGCAAUGCUUCGUAAAGGAUGGCGUUGGAAAGAUGAGGAUAUCAAGCAAAAGGAUAUGGAAGAUAUCAUAAGAAUACAUAAUGCUAACAAUGAACAAGCAUGGCAGGAAGUCUUGAAGUGGGAAGCAUUGCAUGCCAAGGAAUGUGGCCAUCCCAGACUGAAGAGUUUUGGAGGCAAAGCUACUCAAUAUAGUCCACGUGCACAGUUUAGAUCUUUAUUAGGGUAUGAAUUGCCAUUUGAUCGCCAUGACUGGAUUGUAGACCGCUGUGGAAAGGAUGUCCGUUAUGUCAUUGAUUAUUAUGAUGGAGGUGAAGUUGACAACAAAUUUCAAUUUGCAUUACUUGAUGUCAGGCCAGCUAUGGAUUCAGUUGAGAAUGUUUGGGACAGAAUGAAAGUAUUUUAUAUGAGAUAUCGUUAUGAAUUCAUUGGUGAAAAAAAAGAUAAUAAAUUGACAAAUUAGUAGUAAGUAUUUAAGUCAAUUUUGAUUGAGUAGAUGUAGUUAUACAACCUACAGUCAGUUAAAAUAUAAGGAUAUAGGUUAAAAAAUGAAUAACUUAUGUGGGGUACUUCUGUCGACAUAAUUUGUCACUGCUGUAACUCUUUGUGAUUUUAAUUGUUUCAUCAUAUUGCAUUGUAUCAUUAAUUCACAAUUUGUUAAAAAAUAUUUAUUGUGAUAUUUUGUUCUAUUUAAAUUAUAAAAAAUAUACAGCAAUUAAUAGAAAUUAUUUAUUUCAAGGAUUUCUAUUAUUUCACUUAGAGAAGAAUUUAACAAACUUUUAAACAGUUGUAGUUUAUUAUUAUUAGAUGAUACAAAAAUGUAUUAAAAGAAUCAAGCAGUUAUGAAUGAAUAAAAAUGUAUUAAUCCGAAAUAUAUUUCAUUUCUAUAACACAAAUGUUUGGUUAUCUUGCAUACUACUGUAUUAUUCUACAUAUGAUUAUUCUUCUUGUUAAUAACUUUUAACUAUGUUAACUAAUAAAUGUUAAUAGUUAAAUAA